UAAUAUACAGAGGGUAGCAACAGUUGCCCCGGUGAAGGCUAGGCGCCAUAGUCACGGUAGUCCUGGCGACAAGAGCCAAGCAACGGGAGUCAACAACAACAAGCGGGAUCAAAGGGAAUAAACUUUACCGACUGUUCGGGACAACACCGCGAAAUACAGAACUGGUGCCUUAAAUGAUCGGUUGCCAUGGCGACUUGUGGAUACUCUGAGGACCUUCAGGCUCAGCAGGCUAACACAGUAACCAUAGCAACACCUGCUACCACCACACCCUCAUCUGCCAAGACUGCACACUUCCUGUCGGAGAUCCCGGCAGCCUCUGGAAGCAUCUCAUCGGCCAGCCAAGCAGCCGUGGCCUCUAAAACUGGACAGGAUGCACUUUGUUCACAAGUGCCACCCACCCAGAGCCAGAAGGCAGUGGUGCCAGCUACGUCCACACAGCACUACAUGGGUCAGGACAUCCAGAAGAGCAAUGGACAGAGCACUUCGUCCCAGUACAUUAUAGUGACUGUUACAGAGGGCUCGGCUCAAUCCAAUGACAGUCUGUCAGACUCCAGCCCAUCUGCUUCUAGCAUCCCUACUCAGGUGGUCCAAGCUGUGCAGAGCCCACCACAGAGGUCAGUGUUGCAGGCAGUGACGCAUGGAACCAAAAGGAUUCAGACAGGCCACAUCAGCAGCCUGCAGCAUAUUAACCAGGAGGUUUAUUCGGACACGGUGCAGUAUGUGGACGGUGCAGACGAUGCAGCUUUUACCACAUCCGCCAUCCGUUCAAACAGCUUUCCUUUCUCCGAGUCUCCCCUCUAUUCCCAGACCCCUCCCACAUCCUCCUCUGCCUUCUACGAGACCCCGCCCACCUCUGAGUCAGACAUCACUGUGGCUUCACAGUCGGUUUCCAUGGCAACGGCAGGAGUUAAUACAGGGUCUGCUGCUGCUGCCACAGGAGGAGGGGGGUAUGUCCUCCAAGGAGGGUAUAUGUUAGGAGGAGGAGGUGCAGCAGCAACAGGUGGGGGAGGACAGAGUUACUCCAGCCCUAACUCUCGUGCCCCACCUGCUACUGUGCAGUGGUUAUUGGAAAACUACGAAGGGGCAGAAGGGGUGAGUUUACCCCGCUGCACCCUCUACUACCACUACAUCCUGCACUGCCAGGAGCAGAAGCUAGAGCCUGUUAAUGCUGCAUCCUUUGGUAAACUAAUCAGGUCUGUCUUCAUGGGCCUCCGCACCCGAAGACUAGGAACCAGGGGGAACUCAAAGUACCACUACUAUGGCCUGAGGAUCAAAUCCGGCUCCCCUCUGCUCCGACUCAUGGAUGAGCAGCAGCACAUGGCCAUGAGGCAGCAACCUUUCUCCCAGAAAAACAGGAUAAAGCCACUCCAGAAGAUGCAGGGAAUCGCCAAUGGGACAUCAGGCGGGGCGGGUCAGCAGCAAGUGGCGGCGCUUUCUGAUAUUUCAGCCCAGGUGCAGCAGUAUCAGCAGUUCUUAGAAGCAGCUAAGCCGUUGCCAGAAUUUGUGAAAAUUGAUCAGCUGGAUCAAGUCCUGCCAGAUGGGAUCCAUGCUGAACACCUAAAGGCCUUUCAGGCUCUGUACAGGGAACACUGUGAGGCUGUUCUGGAUGUGAUGAUCAACCUUCAGUUUCCUCUGGUUGAGACGCUGUGGAAAUCCUUCUGGAGGUUCAGCCAGAACAACGAUGCUGAAUCACUCAAUCUUCACAAUGAGUCUGAGAAGCGGCUGCCCAGGUCCUGUUUGGUGGCUCUGUGCAAGUUUGAGCCGGUGCUGCGCUGGACGAGGGAGUGUGACAACCUGCUCUACCAGACUCUGGUUGAGAUCCUCAUCCCAGACGUGUUGAGACCCAUUCCUAGUGCCUUAACUCAGGCCAUCCGUAACUUUGCCAAGAGCCUGGAGAGCUGGCUGACAGGCGCCAUGAUGAACAUCCCUGAGGAAAUGGUUCGCAUAAAGGUGGUGUGCGUAGGCUCGUUCUCGCAGACAUUACGCCGUUACACCAGCCUGAACCAUCUGGCUCAGGCGGCUCGCGCUGUCCUGCAGAACUCGGCUCAGAUCAACCAAAUGCUGUCUGACCUCAAUCGUGUUGAUUUCACCAACGUGCAGGAGCAGGCAUCCUGGGUGUGCCAGUGUGAAGACCGCGUGGUCCAGAGGCUGGAGCAGGACUUCAAAGCGACUCUGCAGCAGCAGAACUCCCUGGAGCAAUGGGCUUCUUGGCUGGAUGGUGUCGUCUCCCAGGUCCUAAAGCCCUAUGAGCAAAACCCUGCCUCGCUGCCAAAGGCGGCCAAAGUCUUUCUGCUCAACUGGUCCUUCUAUAGCUCUAUGGUGAUCCGGGAUCUGACUCUACGCAGUGCUGCUAGUUUUGGCUCCUUCCACCUCAUCCGCCUGCUGUAUGACGAGUACAUGUACUACCUGAUUGAGCACCGGGUGGCCAAGGCUAAAGGGGAGACACCCAUAGCAGUCAUGGGAGAAUUUGCCAGCGCUGUGAAGAGCAGAAACUCUCCAGAUCUGGACAAAGAAGAAGAAGAAGAUGAUGAUGAAGAGGACAGCGAGGAAGACAGUGGAGAGAUCAUGCUGCAGUCCAGCUCCCUGAAGGUGGAUGAGGAGAAGUCAGAGAUGGAACCGCCCGCCAAGCAGCCCAGAACCAGUUUAAAUCUGCACCCUCUGACCUAAGGUCAUGGCUCACCACCCUAAACGAAAACGCCUGCAUCAUGAACAUCACCCUCUUCCGUUUUAGAAUCAUGUCCUGAAGCCAUUGUUUGCAUCCAGUCUGCUUGUCUGUUGUUUGUGGACCUCGAAAGUGGACGAGCUGAUUUUUCUGUUUCUCCAUGUUAGCUGAUCAUUACUGCCCCUGACCCGUUUCCUGUGCCUUCCCCCAUCUAUUCAGUGCCCACAGGCCCCUAAAGGUCUAAUCUAUCAGUACAAUAUAUUCUUGAUUUCCCUCCUGUCCUGCCUUAACCACUGACCUGGGUGAUGUGGAGAUGAGAAACCUCCAGUUUUCUUCAGCAUUGCUCUUCAGCUCCAAAUCAUUGAUUGCCUUUGAUGAAAUGACUAUGCAGGAGAUGCAGGACUGUAAUUGUUGACACUAAACAUCUAAGAGUAGCAUCUGGAAUGAUACUGCAGCAUGAGUUAUGAUUGAAGCUUAGUUUUCAUUUGUUUUUAUUUGAGGGUGCCAUAUUUUUUUUUUCUUUUUUUUACAUUAAAUUUGUUUUUAAUUUGGCUGCCUGAUCUGUGCCUUUAAGAGACUCCUAAUCUCAAAAAAGAAAAGUUUGUGUUCUCUAUAAAAAAAGAAAAACAUAUAUAUUAUAUUCUGUAUUGUGGAUUAAUAAAUGAAUGUCCGGUGAA